AUGGCAGACUCGACACAGCAACAGCCCCUUGUCAAAGGGGGACAUAAGCAAUCCCCAAGUGACCUGCCUGCAACAUUCACCUCUUCGACGAUGCCUAUUGUCCACGAGAACACCAUCAUCCUCGCCGCAACGCACCCUUCUAUCAGAAGUGCCCACCCAGCGCAAGACGGGUGGUUUAUCUCCGACUUCUACGCCUUCAACUAUCUCCUCAAAGGUCAAGGUCAGAAGCAGACGUGGCUGACAGCCGCUGAUCCGAGAAGGCUUAUCCAGGAAUAUGGGCCAUAUUUACAUGGCAAUCCUUGCGAGGAGCGCAAAACUUGCCUUGAUAAUGACAUGCUGGAUCAAGAUGAACUGACCCCUGUGACUGUCGUUCGGUCGAAUCAAAUGAUUGACCGUUUCCUUUCGGAGGCAAGGCUUGCCUCCGAGUUAGCUAAACGAACCGAAGCCCCACUCCUGCUGCUUGUAUUUUGUCACGGACACUCAAAUUAUCACCCCUGUUUGAACGAUGACAACCAAUCAAAGGGACUGAGUAUCCUCGCCCUGAAAGCUGUCCUUGAUCCCGGUGCCCGCAUUACCCUGGUUACCACCGCUUGUUACUCAGGAGGAUGGGCUACGACUCCAGAUUUAAACAUUACUAGCAUGGCGGCAGCUAGUGAACGCCAUCUUGAUCCGCAAGAAGACUAUCGACGCGCACUUUCUAAUGCGUGGGGUCCUUCACUGAGUGUCGGUCGGACGUGUGGGUCAAUUUUUGCGAGCACCCUGUUCCAGACUCUUUCGAGUGCUACGAGUCCUCUGUUAGAUGCUCGAGAAUCUAGCAAUGCUAGUGACCCGCUGAGUUUACAACCCGAGGAGCCGAAUGAUCAGCAAACCUUAACCUAUAACUCAUUCUGCCAAUCUGUCCUGGAUACAUGCCAAAAUAGCGUGACGCGGCUAGGCGACAUGCAGUAUUUCACAUUCAGUGCCCGGGAUGAUAAAUGGGAUUUCUCAUGGACGGGCCGAACCGGCAUCCCGCUAGCCCACUUUGAGCGUCGGUGGCAACAAAUGAAGUCCUAUCCGUACACUGGGACGGAAGAGAUGCGCCGAUUUGGUAGCCAAAGUCCCGGAAAUGCCACAUUCGAGGUCAGCGACUCAAACAAAGUCGGCGGAGUCCGCGAGGCCACGGACGGCGAGAUCAUCGAGAACAUGACCGCUCUCAUUGCGCAGCACAAAAUCAAAGAGAUGGCGAUGAUGUUCCAUGCCACUUGUCCAGGGGAUUGGUCUUGGGGCCGAGAGGUGGCUUGGGGAGGUACUCUUUUCCGACUCUACCGGUUUGGCGAAUUCCUCGCGGACGAGGCUGAGAUCUACUCCACGAUUCGUUUCAGGUGGGAGAUGGCACUCCUCGCAGAUCAUUUUGUUGCGACGUAUGAGCUUCCGAUGCCCAGAAAUGAGAUGUGUAUCCUGUGGGAUUGGUACUCCUGGAUGCAUGAAUUUCGGGCGAAGAACUCAAUGUCAGAGUCCGAGUUCGACCAACGAUGGCAGGAGGGCCAGCUUUUCAUGCGCCCUUUCGAGUAUUUGGUGGCAGCGUUCCUGGAGUCCAAUAGGCCCGAGCAUGAGAUCAGUGUUCUCUCCAAUUCCAUCCGAGAGUUCCUACAAAAUGCCGAGGCCUUCCACCGGCAGCGCAUUUUUGGCAGCCCAGAGGUCCGACGUACAGGGCGUGAAUGGUUGAGGUCGGUUGGUCGCCGGGCCCGCAAAUCGCUUUCUCCCCAGAAAAGGGAGAGAUCCAGCACCACAGAAUCUGCCUCAUGCUGA